UCAAAGCUAUUGCAUCACAAAGUUUCCCUCUAUAUAUAUAUAUCAUCAUAUUAUCUUGUACGUACUCUUCAUAUAUAGAGAGCACCACUUAAACUAUUACCAAUCCUAUCUCACUUUGAAAGCCAAAAAUGUCGAGCAUCAUUGAUGUCCCAGAAUCAAGCAGAUUAAUUACCAAGGGAACAGUUCCAAGUGCCCCCGCAAGGCGAGGAGGAUGGAAGAAAGGGAUAGCUAUAAUGGACUUUAUUCUCAGGCUAGGUGCCAUUGCUUCUGCUCUUGGUGCUGCUGCCACCAUGGCAACAAGCGAUGAGACACUCCCUUUCUUCACUCAGUUCUUUCAGUUUGAGGCCAGCUAUGAUAGUUUUUCUACUUUCCAGUUUUUUGUCAUUGCUAUGGCAUUUGUUGGUGGCUACCUUGUCUUAUCUCUACCUUUUUCUAUAGUCACUAUUAUACGUCCCCAUGCAGCAGGACCAAGACUUUUCCUCAUUAUACUAGACACUGUAUUCAUGACCCUAGCGACUUCAAGUGGUGCUGCAGCAGCUGCCAUAGUAUACAUGGCACACAAUGGCAAUCAAGACGCAAAUUGGCUUGCCAUCUGCAACCAAUUCGGUGAUUUCUGCCAGCAGAUUAGUGGAGCAGUCGUCGCAUCGUUUGUUGCCGUUGUUCUCUUAGUUUUGCUCAUUGUCAUGUCUGCAGUGGCUCUCCCAAAUCAUUAGAUAGCACAUAGUUAAUUACAGCUUUCAUUUAUCCUUCUAUAAUUCUAUUUCAGUUUCAGCUGCAUGUGUGUGGCUAAAUUGCCAGGUUUUUUUUUUUUUUUUU